CGCGCGCGUCAGCGGGGCGGAGAUCUCGCCGGAAUCGAAUCCCGUGCCGCCCGCCGCCGACAUCGCCGGUUUCUGCCGGAAACGGAGGAGAAGCGCCGCCGCGCUGACUGGCCAAUGCUGGUGGCGGCUGGAGACCCUCGCGGUAAGGCGCCCCCCCUUUGUCGUCGCGCGCGGUUGGUGGGAAGCGAGGAACACUGUGCAGCUUGCCGGACGGUUGCUGCUUGCAGAAUCGGCAGAUUUGCUGCUACUGUUUUGGAAAUCGCCUUGGUGCAGUGGAGUGGAGGUGUAUGAGGUCGCGCUCGGCCAGUAGGAAUGAGAUUGGUCUGGGUAUCUAGGGUGGACUUGCUGCUGUGAAGCUGUGAUUGUUCUGUUAGGGAUUUGGGGCACAUGGAGUCGCGGAUGGAUCAGUACGAGAUCAUGGAGCAGGUUGGCCGGGGCGCCUUUGGUGCUGCAAUCCUUGUGAAUCAUAAGAUUGAGAGGAAGAAGUAUGUGUUGAAGAAAAUCCGGCUUGCGAGGCAGACAGAGCGUUGCCGCAAGUCUGCUCACCAAGAGAUGGCUCUGAUUGCUCGGUUGCAACACCCUUACAUUGUUGAAUUCAAAGAGGCUUGGGUUGAGAAGGGUUGCUAUGUCUGCAUUGUCACGGGCUAUUGUGAAGGUGGAGAUAUGGAUGAAUUGAUGAAGAAAUUAAAUGGUACUUACUUCCCAGAGGAGAAAUUGCUGAAAUGGUUUGCUCAACUGGUAUUAGCCGUGGACUAUUUGCAUUCGAACUAUGUCUUGCAUCGGGACCUGAAGUGCUCCAACAUAUUUCUCACCAAAGAUCAAGAUAUACGCCUAGGAGACUUUGGGCUUGCUAAGACCUUAAAGGAAGAUGAUUUAACUUCUUCGGUUGUUGGAACACCGAAUUACAUGUGUCCAGAGCUUCUCACAGAUAUCCCUUAUGGAUUCAAGUCAGACAUCUGGUCUCUUGGGUGCUGUAUGUAUGAGAUGGCAGCUCAUCGGCCUGCCUUCAAGGCUUUUGAUAUGGCUGGAUUAAUAAGUAAGAUAAAUAGGUCCUCCAUUGGCCCCUUGCCUGCCUGUUACUCUUCUUCUAUGAAAACUCUUAUCAAAAGCAUGUUGAGAAAAAGUCCUGAGCAUCGACCUACUGCAUCUGAGAUUCUGAAGAAUCCGUAUCUCCAACCUUAUGUUAAUCAAUGCCGCCCUCUUUCUGAUGCUCCAACUCCCAUACGCAUGCCAGAGAAACCAUUAUCCACUUCACGGAGUAAUCAGAGAUGCACGUCUGAGAGCCAAAGCAGUAGCAUUUCUUGUAGUGAUAUCGACAGUACACAAUCAAGUGACAGAAGCACAUCAGGGGGCGCUCCUAGCACUGACAGCAAGCUUAACGAUAUCAGAAGCAUCCAAGAUGCAGACCGAGCUGAUUCAGACGAAAAAUGUGUAACACCAGAAGAUCUUAGAGGCAACAAGAACAUUUCUGGUGCUGAACUGAAAAGACAAGAUUCCUCAAAAAGUGUACAUCAGCAUCACAGGGGUGAGAGUAAGCAGCCAAAAAUAAUUGAGAAGAUAAUGACAACUCUUAGAGAGGAGAGUAGGCUUAGAGAAAACAAUUCUCCUGUAAGUUCUAGUGGUGUAAAGUUGACUUCUGCAGUUAGCAAUAAGAAUCAAGCAGAGCAAUCAUCAGAGAGCUCAAGGCCUCACAGUGGUGUUUCAUACAGUUCAAAGUUUGGUGACAUUUCAUCUAAUGGAUGGACCAAUACAAGCGAUGAAUGUGUAGAUCCAGUCCAGGUGCCAUUGCAAUUGAAACAACUGUCACCAACUGUUGAGCAUUGUCCAAAGUUAAAAAAUUCCGGGUCCUCAACUCCUGAACCUGCCAAACAGAUUGCAGAAAAUGGUUCCUCAGCUUCAGGAAUGAGUAAAACCAAGUCGUCACCUAGUUCUAGUAGACGGCCUAGUCCUCAGAGACAAACAGUAGCAGGAAUUCCAAUCGUGCCAUUCACUGUGUCAAAACGAGCUCAUAUCAAGGCAGAGAGUGAGAAAACACCGCCGCGACCUGCCCAUAGCCCAAAUAAUUCUCUACAUAAUCUCCCUCCUUUGAUACCGAUAUCUACAAAUCUGUCAGAAGAGAACAUCAAGCUGGGUAAUUCUCAGGCAAUGCCAGCUCCUCUGGAAUUCGUGACUGCAGCAUCCAAGGAGGACAUCAGCUUUUACUCAAAUUCUGUAGUUGAUUGUGUUGAAAAGGCCGAGCCAUCUGAAGUAUUUGAAUCUAAUUCUCCAGCCUACCUGACUCCACCGUGGACAGGCCCAGUGCUUGAUGCCAAAGGAGAGAAUGGCCUAAUAGCCAUACCAUGUUCAGAAAUACACACUGGCACAUUGCAGAAGAGUAUGGCUAGUAAUGAUGAUUCAAGCCUGAGCUCUCCGUUGGAUACAUUUUAUCUUAGUUUUGAACAAGAGUUUGUCUGCAAGGAUGAUUCGCAAUCCAGCAAGCAUGGGCACAGUGCUGUCACACUACUAAGUGGUGAGGACAAAUUUACUGUCCAAGAACUUCUUGCAUCAACACCAGUUAUUUCUCCUUUUGUUUCAAGCACAAGUAACACUCUGCCAGAGGAUAAAAGUUCUUACCAGUCAUUCAAGAAACAAUCAGAUUCACAUUCGGGCCCUCCAGUUGAUGUUCCUGCACAGACUAUUAGACUCAACAGUUUCCUUGUUAGUGAUGAGUGGCCAACAUCAGAAACAGUUCAAGGGGAAGCUCGGGACACGGCUGCCAGCAAGCUUCUGAAUGUAGUAAGAGAAGAUUUUGAUGUAAGAAGCAGUUCAUGCUCAACAAGCACGCAACCUUCUGGACAAACCCCAGUUAGAUCCAAACUCAACGUGCCUGAAACUAAUCUUGCCAGUAACAUAUCCAUACCAUCCAUAUCAGAAGCAGUGAGAUUAUCUACCGCCAUGGACGUUAAACCGUACACGUCCGAGGCCAGCAAUGGAGUCAAGGAGGAGGCAUCUCCUGCCAAGGAAGCUCUUGAUGUUACGUCAUUUAGGCAGCGAGCUGAGGCUCUAGAAGGUCUCUUGGAGCUUUCUGCGGACUUGCUGGAAAACAACAGGUUGGAGGAACUCGCCAUUGUUCUACAGCCUUUCGGGAAGAACAAGGUCUCCCCGCGAGAGACCGCAAUUUGGUUGGCCAGAAGUUUCAAAGGAAUGAUGAACGAAGAAGGUGGCCGCCUGUCGAUGUGAGUAUCUGUAACCUUAAAAGGCCUUUUUAUUGCUUUCCCCUUUGCUUUUUUGAGUAGCUCAAAGUGGGCUUGAUUUGCUGACAGCGUGUUGUGUUUGUGUUGCCCGGUUUUGUUUUUUGUUUCUUUUGAUUCAAACCAUUCUUUUUGGCGCAUGUUGUAAAUAGCCAAGACUUGUAAACACUAAUAAAAUUUGCCUUCAGUUCUGAAAAUUUUGAUA